AUAUUCUGCAUUUUAGAAACGGCGUGGAUUUAAAUCAUAGACACAUAUACAUAAAUAAACACAUAUAUACAUAUUUAUGACUCAAACACUCCGGGAACGUUUUGUUCGUCCACCGCGGAGCUGAACGACGGAAGGUCAAAGGUCACAACGGACCGGAACAUCAACAAAAUAAACAAAGGCGGCGGCUGUCUGAUCAGAGAUCCGUGUCACAGAACUGUUGACCAGGUCUGAUGUUCCUCUGAGAACCCGCCGACAUGUUCUCCGUGGUACCGUCCAGGAACAGUCUGCUGGUGGCGGCUCUCAGCCUGCUCCUGAGCCGCUGGUCCUGCACUUGCCUGUCGGUCCCAGACAUCCCGCACAUCGCCACUUACUUCGGCACAAAGACCCGGUAUGAGGAGGUGAACCCGCACCUGUUGCGGGACGCUGUGUCUGUGAACAAGUCCGUCCUAAAACCUCCUAUCGGGGAGCGGUGCUCCCCUGUCCACCUGACCGCCGUCAUCAGGCAUGGCAGCCGGUACCCGACCGUCAAAAACAUCCACAGGAUCCAGAAACUGAGCGAGCUGGUCCGGACAGAAGCUUCCAGAGGCUCCGGUGGCUCCGGCGGCUGGCUGCAGGACAUUCAGAACCGCUGGGAGAACUGGUUCACCGAGGACAUGGACGGUCAGCUGGUGAUGAAGGGUAGGGAGGACCUCCAUCAGCUCGCCCUCCGCCUCUCCUCCUUGUUCCCGUCACUCUUGUCGGAGGAGAACUUGAGGAGGAUCAGUCUGAGGAGCAGCUCAAAGCAUCGCUGUGUGAGCAGCGUGGAGGCGUUUCAGGAGGGGCUGUGGAGGCGCCCAGACGUGGAGUACCUCCACCAGGUGGAUGACGAACUGAUGCGUUUCUUUGAGCAUUGCCGUGGUUACGUGGAGGGUGUGGAGAAGAACCGCACGGCGCUGCAGGAGGUGGAGAAGUUCAAACAUGGAGACGAGAUGGAGGCAGUGAGGAGGAGGAUUGCUGACAGACUGGGCCUUCCUCACCACCUCCUCACUGUGGAUCUGGUCGAAGCAGCUUUCUUCUUGUGUUCAUACGAGCUGUCAAUCAAAUCUGUUCACUCGCCAUGGUGCUUCCUGUUUGACCAGCACGAUGCUAAGGUGUUGGAGUACAAGGCGGACCUGAAGCAAUACUGGAUGCGCUCUCAUGGUCAUGUGAUCAGCGGUCUGUCCAGCUGUCCUCUUUUUCAUCACGUCUUCAGGACGCUGGACAAAGCGGGACGUCCCCGCAGGUCGACGGAUGCGCCUCCUGAGCCCGCCUCCAUCCUGGUGGGUCAUGCUGAGACGCUCCUCCCUCUCCUCUCUCUGCUGGGGCUAUAUAAGGACAAGACUCCGCCCACUGCCAACAACUACCACGCACAGCACGGAAGAAGUUUCCGGACCAGUCUAAUCGUCCCAUACGCCGCCAACCUGCUCUUCGUCCUGUAUGACUGCCAGCGUGGCCCGCGGCUGCAGCUGCUCAUCAACGAGUCUCCGGUUCGAUUCCCUGGGCUGGAGGAGGAUGCGCCGCUUUACCGGGACGUCCGGGCCACUUACCGCCACCUGCUGGAUGGCUGCGACUUCCACAGAGAGUGUGAGGGACGGGCCGCGGGACGAGGACCCAACACAGAACUGUGAGCAGAACCAGUUCCUCUGACCCACUAUGAUUACAGAACCAAAUGAGCUGUUUAUGAUCCUGGCUGCUGAUUGGCUGUUUUAUUCACCAUGUGACAGGAAACAUCUGAUUGUCUCAAAACUGUUGAUUUUAAAACAUCAGUUUGUCUCAGCAGCAGUUUUUAAUUUAUUACGACAUCUAUCAGCUCAUCGGUGGAAACACACACACACACACACACCUGCAAAGAAAAGCUUUGUGAGAUUAUUGUAGGAAAUGAAACUGACACUGAAACUGUUUUUCUUCAUGAUUUUGGUGAACUGUCCCUUUAAUCUGCUGUAAACCAGGCGAAUGGUGAUUUUUAUCUGCAGCUUUUUUCUGACAUUGCAUUAUUUUCUUAAUUUAUUCAGUUUUUAAUGUCAAGUGACUCUGAUUUAUUGCUUUAGUCUAUAAUUGAUGAGCCAUCAGAUGCUGCUGUAAUCAAACUGACUGAAGCCUUUGACAAACACAUUCAGCUCUCAGCAGAUUCACUGAGCUUCUUCAACAGUCUGAGGGAGGAUUUUCACAAUAAGAGUCCCUUUAAUACACAGUCAGCAGCUCUUGUUACUGCAGAUUUGAUUCUGUUUGGUGUCUUCAGGGUUAAUCUUAUUUAUUAUUUGGUUUAUUGUCUCUGUGCCUAAAGCAGUUUAAAGUUUCAGCUUGUUUUUUUUACUUCCUGUUUCUUGUGCCAAAUUUUUGAAUGGAAAAGCUUUAAUAAAUAUUUUCAGUUAAAACAGAACAA